CACGCCCCUUGUGGCCAAAAAGAGGAGGGCUCGGCUGGUGAGGGGUACCGUGUUGCCUCAUUCUCCGCGGAAACAUACCUCCGCCACCGAAUCCUCGCCUCUUUCCAAGACCCUCUCCUGCCACCUAGGUGAACGCAGGGAGGCGAAGCCGGGCGUGUGGGGCGCCAUGAAGGGCCGCCUCCUCACGGGGACGGAGGCUGAGGGGCUGGCCGGCUGAGGGUCCGUGCUGGGCCGAGGCAUGUGGAGCCCCGGAGGGAGCCUUCUCCAGACGCUGCCCCGGCUCCUACAGCACGCCACUCUUCCGGGCCACGCCGAACUGCCGCCCCGCUGGGCCCUGCAGCUGGCGGCGAGCAGGGACAACUCAGCUGACAGCCUCCCCCGUGGAGGCGGGGCGAGUGCGGCGGCGGCGGCAGUAGCGGCGGCGGCGGCCUCCGGGGCCCUGCUCGGCGCCUGUCUGGAGCGCCACGGUCAGCCUGCGGCUUCGGAGCUGCCGGCGCCGGGCGGGGCCUUGGCUGGCAGCCCCGGGAGUGGCAGCGGGGGCGGCGUGGUGGUCGGCGUGGCUGAGGUGAGAAACUGGCGCUGCUGCUGCCUCGGCAGCACCUGUUGGUGCCGGAGCCUGGUGCUGGUCUGCGUGCUGGCCGCGCUGUGCUUCGCUUCCCUGGCCCUGGUCCGCCGCUACCUGCAGCACCUUCUGCUCUGGGUAGAGACCCUCGAUUCGCUGCUUGGAGUCCUUCUCUUCGUCGUGGGUUUCAUCGUGGUCUCGUUCCCCUGCGGCUGGGGCUACAUCGUGCUCAACGUGGCCGCGGGCUACCUGUACGGCUUCGUGCUGGGCAUGGGACUGAUGGUGGUGGGCGUCCUCAUCGGCACCUUUAUCGCCCAUGUGGUCUGCAAGAGGCUGCUCACCGCCUGGGUGGCCGCUAGAAUCCAGAGCAGCGAGAAGUUGAGUGCAGUUAUUCGCGUCGUGGAGGGAGGAAGCGGGCUGAAAGUGGUGGCACUGGCCAGACUGACUCCCAUACCUUUUGGGCUUCAGAAUGCAGUGUUCUCGAUUACUGAUCUCUCCUUACCCAACUAUCUGAUGGCAUCUUCAGUUGGACUGCUUCCUACCCAGCUCCUGAAUUCUUAUUUGGGUACCACCCUGCGGACCAUGGAAGAUGUCAUUGCAGAACAGAGUGUUAGUGGAUAUUUUGUUUUUUGUUUACAGAUUAUUAUAAGUAUAGGCCUCAUGUUUUAUGUAGUUCAUCGAGCUCAAGUGGAAUUGAAUGCAGCUAUUGUUGCUUGUGAGAUGGAACUGAAAACCUCUCUGGUUAAAGGCAAUCAACCAGAUAUCAGUGGCUCUUCACUCUACAACAAGAGGACCCUAACAUUUUCUGGAGGUGGAAUCAAUAUUGUAUGAUUCUAAUAAAUUUAUGAUUGUCAAGAGCCUAAUGUGCUGUCCAAGUUCUAGUGGUCCCCUCACUAAUGGGCAGACACAGGUUCUAAUUGUAUUAUAGCACACACACAAAAAAACUGACUAGUUUUUAAAUUGCACAUUUUUUUUAAAGCAAAAAUAAUUUUCUGAAUAUUAAAUGUAAAUAUAGUUGCAAUUUUGGCUGCACCUUUUUAUCAUUCAUUAUGCCCAUAACGGCCUAUAGAUCUGCACUUUUGUUAAUUUUUCCCAUUGUUUUCUUUCUGGGUACUUAUGAACAGAGAAACAAUAAUCCAAAUAUUUUUCUGCUUAGUGUCUUUAUUUAUAAAGCCCAUGAAUAGUUGUAUGCAUCUUUCCUAUUUAUAAAGAUGAGUAAUAGUAUGCAAUUUUAAAUGUAUAAUAUUAUCAGAUAUUCUUUGCUUCGUUAGUCUUUCCAGAAAGGAUGUAUAGUGUUUUUUGCUUUUUUUCAAUUAUUUUAGGUGGGACCACUUUGUUUCCCUUUUCCUUAAUAGUUUAGAAAAUAGACAUGAACUUUUGUUGAAAUGUAUUUUUUGCAAGGACCAUAUUGUUGCAGGGCCAUUUACACCUAUACACACAGCUUAAAUCCUACAUUGUGGGACUGAAGUGCUCUUAAGAUAACUUUUUUAGUUUCACUGUGUAAUAUGCAAAGCAAAAGGGAAAUUAUUUAAUAGGUGGUGGCUCAAAUUAGAACUUAUGUUCUAAUUUUAUUACAUUGGCUUUACCCUCCUUAGGUCUCUCAUCAAAGGGCUGUCCUAUUGCAGUCUUACUAAAAAUUUUACUAAAUUAAACUUCUUUUUUUAAUGUUCAUAAUUAGGCUUUGAAAUAAAGAUAUUAUCCUUUAAAGUGGUGGACUUACCAUCAUUGAAGAUGUCACUUGGGUGGCCUUGUUUAAUCAAAAUGCCUUUUUAAAAAAUCAAGCUUUAAAAUCAUGUUUUUAAUUACCUUGAAGUACAUAUAUAUUUGUGUCAUAGUCUUCAGCUUUAAAACUGUAAGUAUAAUGUUAAUGCCCAAAUUUGUAUUAUUUGCCCUACUAUAGAAUAGGUUUAUUUUGGUUUUUUGAUACUUGUUUUUCUCUGAUAAGACUCAGGAAUUCUGAAAUGUGAAACUAAGUCCUCAAUUCUUUAUUCUGUAGCAUGAAUUGAGUAUAUUUAUUAAUAGCACUUAUGUAUAUAAAAGAUAAUUAGGUAUAUGAUUCAUAUGGCAUAUUAUUGUUCAUUUAUCACCUUAUAUUUUUAAAUAGUUUCAUUGUGAUCUUAAUGAUUAGUUUUUUUAUAACAGAGAUUAUAGAUAUGAAUGCAGAUU